AUGGCUUGUCUCAACGUCGACGCGGAGGUCCUAGCUUUUAGAUCGCAGGCAAUAAGUGAACUUCCUGGAGGAAAUCCGAAAGACGCAUCACUUGCAGUGCCCCCCAAACCCCAAGACGUCGUUCAGAGCAUAGUAACCCUACAUGCUCUUUUCGCUGCAGCACACAGCCCAUAUCAUUGCGAGGAGCGACCGCAGAAGAGACGCAAGAUCGACCCAAACAAUCAUUAUGACACUCAACCCGCAUACUUUCAGGAAGAUCGAAGCGUGGUCCUUGCAAAAGUCUCUAUCAAUCUGAAUUUCGCGUCCGGCCCCGCUUCAGUACAAUCGGUCCCGUCACUAUCGAACACCGAGAAGCCUGUUGUUCUUUGCCUAGAGACCUUCUCCGAACUUGGCGCCGGUCAGUCCAAGAUCGUGCUGUUCGAAGCAAUCACCAAUACGAGCAUCGAUGUCCUUACCACCAUCGAUGCCGCAUCUCUCCAGUCUGUCAAGCCACACAUUAAGGUUGUCGAAUCGCUAGCGUACACAACCCACGGCCGCAAGACUCGAACAAAGGCCCGGGCUGCCUUCUCUCGAUGUUCACUUUCGCUGUCACCCACAUCACCGCAUACAUACAGGUUGGACGUGGAGAUUCGCUGGCUUUUGGGGAUGUCUUUAGUGGAAGAUCCCUCCGUGAGUGCCCAUUUCAUGAAGGAGGACCUGCGCUUGCUGUCGACGUAUUUCCGUGGCGCAACCGCACAGUCUGAUGCACCGUGGGCACUUUCAGAUUUCUACGACUCGGUAUACGUUCCGCCAGUCGACUUACAGAUAUCUCCCCAGAUUCAGCACAAAUUGGUGGACACGACCCUCUAUCCGUUUCAGCAGAGGGCUGUUGACUGGUUGUUGCGACGAGAAGGCGUGGCGUACUCAGCGACCGGACAACUUGAGCCUUUCGUUGAAGAUGUCACACCAGCAUCGUUCAGUCUUACACAAGAUGUGACUGGAAGUACAUGCUAUGUCAGUGGGCUUCGCGGCAUGAUAGUAGCCGACUUGAACGCUGCGAAAGGUGACGCGCUGCAAUUGUUAAGAGGUGGCAUCUUAGCGGAGGAGAUGGGACUCGGCAAGACUGUGGAGCUUAUUGCUCUGAUCUCGCACCACAAACGCCAGACUCAAGAUGUAAAAGUCUUCGAUACGAACACAGGGGCCCACGUUCGAGCGUCAAGUGCCACGCUCAUCAUCACUCCGCCCAGCAUCCUCGAGCAGUGGCGAAGCGAGAUACACACGCACGCACCAGAUUUGAAGGUUCUCCACUACAAAGGGCUUCCGCCAUCAAGCGCAUCGAAGAAAGAACAUGCAGCAGCAACAGUUGUAGAGUUGAUGCGUUACGAUGUGGUUUUGACGACAUAUGGUGUCCUAUCGAAGGAGGUUCAUUAUGUUACGCCGCCUCCUGCUCGAUCUUCCCGACACGAGCGGCGUCAUGAACGUCGCAAAAGCCCACUCGUGGAGAUAUCGUGGUGGAGAGUAUGUCUGGAUGAGGCUCAAAUGGUGGAAAGUGGUGUCAGCAAUGCGGCCAAAGUCGCGCGCGUCAUACCUCGAUGCAACGCUUGGGCUGUUUCUGGCACCCCACUGCGGAAAGACGUACAAGACUUGCGCGGUCUUCUGAUGUUCUUGAGAUGCGAUACCUUUGCCCAGAAUAAGGUCGUGUGGGGUCGCUUGGACAGAUCUUCUUUUUACGCCAUAUUCAAUCAGAUCACUUUGCGGCACACCAAGGACAAAGUUCGUAAUGAUCUUCGUCUUCCUCCGCAGAAGCGUGCCGUCAUCACUAUACCCUUUACUGCGAUCGAGGAGCAGAAUUACGCCGAUCUUGUUCGUCAAAUGUGUGAUGAGUGCUGGCUGGGACCAGAAGGAGAGCCCUUGGACGCGGACAGCGAUCCCACCAGUCCAGAAACCCUCGAGAAAAUGCGUGAGUGGCUGGUACGGUUGAGGCAAACUUGUCUACAUGCACAUGUUGGGCGCAAGAAUAAAAGAGCUUUAGGUGCAAGAAAUGGACCAUUACGAACGGUUCACGAAGUUUUGGAGAUCAUGAUUGAUCAGAAUAGCACCAGAUGGAAGGCUGAUGCUCGUGAGACGAUCGUCAACCGGAUUAAAAUGGGUCACGUUAUGGCAUAUGCUGGCAAUAUUGAGAAUCGCGCAGAGACUGCACUGCCCUUCUACACAGCGGCUCUGGAGGAGACGAAGGUCUAUGUCUCCAUGUGUCGACAGGAUCUUGAGCAGGAGCAGCAGAGGCUAGGCGUGUCAGCCACCACAGUCAAACACGACGAAGAAUCUGGGGCCGAAGACGAAUUGGAGAAAGAGAAUUUGGGCAACAUAUCGGCUAUGCGCAGAUCUCUGCGAUCGUUCUUAGAACUUGAACACAUGUGCAGGUUCUUCAUUGCCACGACACAUCACCAGGUUAAGGAAUACCUUGAUGCGCAGCAAGCGGAUGUGGAACAAUCCCAUCGCGAGGAGCAGUUGGAAACAGAGUGGUACGAUCAGGCUAAGGUGAUUCGACGUGAACUACUCGGGGAGGUCAAAACCACCACACAACGACAAAUGAGGAAGAUUGAAGCCGGAAGACCAUACCGCCAGCUUCCCAACGUUGACGAUCUUCCAGACCUUGGCGGUAUUGAGAGCCGCCGGGUUCUGGAAACGAUCGAUGAGGUCAGCGACUUCCUCAAUGCGCAAGCGGCAAAGAUUCAAGAAUGGCGUACAAAGAUUGUCGAGAUCUUAUUGAUGCGCCUCACUGACGAUGAUGACGAUAUGGAGACUACUGGAGAAGAGUAUGAAAACUCUUUGAAAGCACAAGAUGAGCUGUAUGUGUCCAUCAUGGCGCUUCGCACCCUCGUUGCCGAUCGAAAUCUCGCAGUUCAUGGUUUACGAGACACUCUUAUUGACGAAGAACUGAAGACAGCGGAAAAGAAAGCCCGUGAGACAGAUCCAGAGAAAGAUAAAGGCCAUGCGCCUGAGCUGCUUCUUGAAUUCGCGAAACAGCGAAAGGAGCUGAUGUCGACUUUGCAUGGCGGAUCUUUGAAGGGCGUAGUUGCAGAAUUUCGCUCAAAGAUCACUCCCUUGCAGUGGAGGGCAGAGAACGAUGACAAUCGCGCUGCAGCUGAAUCCUCUGUGCUUCAGAUGCACUUGACCAGUGUUCAGACCAUCAUGUCACAACAAAGCAAGGCUCUACUUGGGAUGGAGAAAGAACAGGAGUUGUUCCGCGGUACUAUGAAUCAGCGUCUGGAAUACUACCGACAGUUUCAACAUAUCUCGGAUACUGUGGCGGCAUACAAGGAGAAGCUUGACGAUAAGUUUGACCAGGUUGCUUUCCAGGUAUUCGAAUAUCGGCGAAGCAAGGCUCUGGAAGGUGUGAAUGCUUCGAAAGCGAAGCACGCUUAUCUGAUGAAUCUGCGAGCUGGGGACCAGGAGAGUGCGGCUGCGGAUUGCAUUAUCUGUCAAGAGACUAUCGAGGUCGGUGUUCUCACAACUUGCGGACAUAAGUACUGCAAAGAGUGCAUCAACCAGUGGUGGCAUGCACACCGAACAUGUCCACUCUGCAAGCAAAAGCUAAAGAGCUCCGACUUCAAAGACAUCAGUCUCAAGCCCAGCGAGAUCCCUACAAAACCCGACUCCCCAUCAUCAGAAAGUUCUCCAACAUCAAAGGCAACCGAUAUGUCCAUCUAUUCAGACCUCUCCGACACAACCUUGAAAGAAAUCAAGAUGAUCGACCUCCCCGGCUCCUACGGCUCCAAAAUCGAUAUGCUCGCCAAACACAUCCUCUGGAUCCGCGCCAACGACCCAGGCGCAAAAUCCGUCAUCUUCAGCCAAUACCGCGACUUCCUCGACGUGUUGGAAACCGCGUUCCGGGCCUGGAAGAUUGGCUGCUCGAACAUCCGCGAGCGCGACGGCAUCGAGAAAUUCAAAAAAGACCUCGCAAUGGAAGCCUUCCUUCUCGACGCCAAAUCCGACUCCUCGGGGCUGAAUCUGGUCAACGCGACAUACGUGUUUCUAUGUGAACCGCUCAUUAAUCCGGCGAUUGAGUUGCAGGCUAUUGCAAGAGUGCAUCGCAUCGGCCAACAGCGCCCAACAACCAUCUUCAUGUACUUGAUCAGCAACACAGUCGAAGAAGCUAUCUACGACAUUUCUGUCGCGCGGCGCCUGGAGCACAUGAAGAGCGCCGAUACCUCCAAGUCUGCAGUAACAUCUGGCACAGCAACACCUGUGGCUAAGCAAGAGACGUCGCUCGACAAGGCGAACUCGGCGGAAAUGGAGGCUGCGCCGCUUAGAGAGCUGCUUAGCAAGGGCGGUGGGGGCGAGGCGGUGCAGAAUGAUGAUUUGUGGAGGUGUUUGUUUGGGAAGCCGAGAAGGGGUGGGGUGGUGAGGGGGGAGGAACAGAUGCGGGUUACUACUGGACUGUGA